CACAUAGUGGACCUUACCGCACCCGAUCACGACUUCCUCCCUGUCCCUGUCAUUUCUUCAAGUUUUGUCCGUGCCCAAGCUAAGCCAGUAAACCCACUAUAAUCUCCACCAUUACACUGCGAACCCCCAAGUCGGAAGUCGGAAACAUUUCUUUCUGUGGUGUGCAGAGCUAACAAGGGUGUGCGAAGCUUUCUUCCCCAUUUGCUGCUGCUUCGCCAUUUGAAGAGGUGAGUCAGAAAAAAAGGAGGCCAGAAACCCCAGUAGUUUCUUUCCUCAGGCUGUCAUCUCAAUCCGAUUGCCCGCCUUCUCAAAACCCCCCAUCUUCUGGUUCAUGUUCUCUUUUUACUUCUGUGCAGUUAUUCAUUUCGGCUAGGUAUGGCUUCCGUUAUUGCAAGCUUGCCUCCUCUGCCAUCAUUGCUGCUCCGCGGAAGGCAGAGCAUUUUCGUAGCCUCCCAACCUCUCCCAGUUUCCCCAAUGAACGGGAAGCAUAACCGCGCUGCUGUUAUUUCAAAGGCUACUGGCGAAAGUUCUGAUUCAUCCCUCAAUAUUGCUAAGAGCGUACAGAGUGUUUGGGAUAAAUCUGAAGAUCGGGUGGCUGUCAUUGGUCUUGGUUUUGCAGCUAUAGUAGCUCUUUGGGCAUCAGCUAGUCUCGUAGCAGCUAUUGACAAGUUGCCAGUAUUCCCAAGCCUGUUGGAAGUUGUUGGCAUACUUUAUUCAACUUGGUUCGUGUAUCGAUACCUUCUAUUCAAACCCAACCGAGAGGAGCUAGUGGAGAUCAUUAACAAGUCGGUUUCAGAGAUAUUAGGGCAGUGAUCAUGCUGUCAAAUGAAUGAAGUGUAAUGUAAUGAAAGAAUACAGUAUAUAUCAGUAUUUGUUCAAAAAAAAGAAAAACUAAAAAAAGUGUACAUCAGUAUUGGUUGGCAUGACAAUGUUGUCAAGACUGAAAUAUAUUCCCUUGAUUGCGCGUGAAUUAUAACAUUGAGCUGAGGCUUCUCGAGAACCCUCUGCUUCCGUGAGUUGCUUCUCUAGAAGGGUAUAAAUUACACACUGCUUU